AAGGAAAUGAGCUUUCCAGUUUUCUAUCCACUAGUAUCAAUCUUUGGCGCUACCAAAAAAACCAGAACAGAGUAAGAAAAAAAACCAGAAUCUUCAUCUUCAAUUUCAAUUUCAAUUUCAAUUUUAACCCAACACCAUAAUCGUCCUUUAAUUUCCACUCUUCAUUCAUUCAUUCAUUCAUGUGAAUAUAUCAUCAUUCAUCAAUGGCUCUUCUUCCCACUCGCCAACUUCACCCAUUUCACACUUCUCCUAACUUCCAUCAUUCUAUCCGUUUCUUCACCACAAUUUCUUCUUCUUCAAUUCAAAAAAGCUUCAUUUUCAAAACACCCACAAAAAAUUUCACUUAUCUUUCUUCAAAAAAUCCCAUUUUUCACCUUAAGAGUUUCUGCACUGAUACAUGGUUAAAACGCUGGAAUGAACAAAAUCGCCCGAAACCGCCUCGCGGGGUUUUGAAUUAUCAAGGUUCUGGAAAUGGGCAUUCAUCAAAAUCUGAUUUUGAUAGCUCUGAUGAUGAAGAUUUUGGUGGUAGUAGAAUGGAUAGAAUUGUUGAGAAAUUGAAGAAAUUUGGGUAUGAAAGUGAUGAAAAUGAGAAUAUAAAAGAAGAAGGAGUGAUAGAAAAAGGGUCAAUGGAGGAUAUAUUUUAUGUAGAAGAAGGAAUGUUGCCUAAUACAAGAGGCGGGUUUUCGCCGGAAUCACCAUUUGGGAUUGGAAGUUAUGGAAGUGGUGAUGGUGGUGAAGUGAGGUUUCCUUGGGAGAAACCAGUGGUGGAUGAAGAAGUUGAAGAGAGGACGAGUUCGAGGAAGAAGAGUAAGACUUCUAUGGCGGAAUUGACUCUUCCCGAGUCUGAAUUGAGGAGGUUGUUGAAGUUAACUUUUAUGAAGAAGCAUAAGACGAGAAUCGGGGGUGGUGGUGUUACUCAAGCUGCUGUUGAUAAGAUUCAUGAGAGGUGGAAGACCUCUGAGAUUGUUAGGCUUAAGUUUGAAGGUGAUGCUGCACUUAACAUGAAGAGGAUGCAUGAGAUAUUGGAGAAAAAAACUGGUGGUCUGGUGAUUUGGAGGUCUGGCAACUCUGUUUCCUUGUACAGAGGUGUGAGCUACAAGGAUCCUUCAAUACAACAGAAUAAACAGUUAUAUAGGAAAAACGAGAAAUCUUUGAAGUUUCUAUCAGCACCUUCGGAUGAUUUUGAAGUGGAGCCUUCUGAAUUUACUACUGAUUCUGAGACAAAAACAUCGUUGGAAAAAUUGGAAUCUACAAAUGAUCAGAAAGAAAAAGUUAAUCUGCCAAAAAUCAGUUAUGAAGAUGAAGUAGACAAGUUAUUGGAUGGUCUAGGUCCUAGAUAUACAGAUUGGCCUGGAUGUGAGCCACUGCCUGUUGAUGCGGAUAUGCUUCCUCCAACUGUUCCUGGUUACCAACCUCCCUUCAGAGUUCUUCCUUUCGGAGUGAGACCGACACUUGGUUUCAAGGAGGCAACUUCUCUACGAAGGAUUGCUAGGGGACUCCCUCCACAUUUUGCAUUAGGUAGAAACAGGCAGCUACAAGGUUUAGCUGCAGCCAUGAUCAAAUUGUGGGAAAAAAGUUCUAUAGCAAAAGUUGCACUCAAACGUGGUGUGCAGCUAACUACCAGCGAGAGAAUGGCAGAAGAGAUCAAGAAAUUGACAGGUGGCAUAAUACUGUCCAGAAAUAAAGACUUCUUGGUCUUUUAUCGAGGGAAGAAUUUUUUAUCACCAGAUGUCACUCAAGCCUUGCUAGAGAGGGAAAAAAUGGCCAAAUCAAUGCAGGAUGAGGAGGAGCAAGCAAGAUUGAGAGCGUCAUCAUUGAUCUUACCAGCUAUUAAUACAUCAGAGUUGUCAGCGGAGGCUGGGACUCUUGGCGAAACUUUGGAUGCAGAUGCAAAGUGGGGAAAGACAUUGGAUGAGUGUCACGAGCAAAAAGUUAUGAGAGAAGUAGAACAACUACGGCAUGCCAACAUUGUUAGAAAGUUAGAAGAGAAGCUUUCACUUGCUGAAAGAAAGAUAAGGAGAGCCGAAAGAGCCCUAAUGAAGGUGGAGGUCUCUUUGAAGCCAUCAGAAACCAGAGCAGACCCUGAAAGUAUAACCGAUGAAGAGAGAUUUAUGUUUCGCAAAUUAGGAUUGCGGAUGAAAGCUUUCUUACUUCUUGGUAGACGUGGAGUUUUUGACGGUACUAUCGAGAACAUGCACUUGCACUGGAAGUACCGGGAACUGGUCAAGAUAAUUGUUAAGGCUAACAACUUUGAACAUGUAAAAAAAAUUGCACUAGCACUUGAAGCUGAGAGUGGUGGUGUUCUGGUUUCAGUUGACAAAGUUUCAAAAGGAUAUUCUAUACUUGUUUACCGGGGAAAGGAUUACCAGCGCCCUUCAAUGUUGAGACCGAAGAAUCUCUUGACAAAGAGAAAGGCUUUGGCACGUUCAAUCGAGCUUCAACGACAUGAGGCACUUUCAAGUCAUAUUUCAACUCUGCAAAGUAAAGUGGAGAAGUUAAGAUCCGAAAUUGAACAAAUAGAGAAAGUAAAGGAGGAAGGAGAUGAAGCAUUGUAUAACAGAUUAGAUUCGGCUUAUUCUACAGAUGAUGAUAACUCUGAGGCGGAGGAUGAGGAGGAAGAAGUUGAGGCAUAUCUUCAGAGUGACAAUGAUGAAAAUGAUAGUGAAGUUGAAAGUGAUGCUAUUUAUUUCCAACCUGAGGAAUUUGCCUCACAAAGUUGAAGGUCAGGGGUCGUGACUUUUUGGAUUCCUGAUGCCUAUGUGGAUCAUCAAUGGCAGUGACACUCGAUUCAUUGGAACAAAGCUGAUUGAUGAAGAAUGUAAUAGCUUGUUCGGACGAAACCACUGAUAAAUUCAUGCUCAAUUCAGUGAGAUCAUAGAGUAUGCAAUUGGACACUGUCCUGAAUGUAAUUGCUUAUACAGUAUUAAGGUUAGUAUAAGAUGUAUGUAUAUACAUUUGUUGGUUAAGUUAACUAGGAUUGAAUACGUCAAGGGGUCUGUUUACAUAUGGUUGAGGAAUAGGACCUUCAUAUUUAUUAGCUUAUAGAAAAACUAUCUGCUGAUUUUGAUGAA